AUGCCAGAAUGUGCCGGUGACUGCGACAGCCACGCAGACUGUGCAUCAGGCUUGCUUUGUUUCCAGCGGGAUCGUUUGGAACCCGUGCCCGGUUGCCGGGGAGAUGGCAAAUCAGGUUGGGACUACUGCUACAACCCGGAAGCCUUGGACAGCACCCGCGGCGUGGACGGUUCUCCUAACAUGCCCAAAUGUGCCGGCGAGUGUGACCGCGAUUCCGACUGCGCAGGGGAGUUGAAGUGCUUCCAACGCAACGGUUUCACAGCCGUGCCCGGGUGCGCGGGAGUGGGCAACAAGGAUUGGGAUUAUUGCUAUGACAAACAUGGCUUGGACAGCAGCCGCGGCGUGGACGGUUCUCCAAACAUGCCUGAAUGUGCUGGCGAGUGCGACAAGGAUUCAGACUGUGCAGGGAACUUGAAGUGUUUCCAGCGGGAUGGCUUCACGGCCGUGCCCGGGUGCACAGGAGUCGGCAAAAAAGAUUGGGAUUAUUGCUAUGAUCCGGUCCAUGAUUUGCCACCACCCUUGGACAGCAGCCGCGGCGUGGACGGUUCUCCAAACAUGCCCAGAUGUGCCGGCGAGUGCGACUAUGAUUCAGACUGCGCGGGGACUUUAAAGUGCUUCCAGCGGAAUGGCUUCACGCCUGUGCCCGGGUGCUCGGGAACGGGUGAGAAAGACUGGGACUACUGCUACGACCCCGCGAUGCAUCAUGGAAGUGGCGUGCAGAUAGGUUCCACGAUCCUGCUCUGGAACCCCAAGUUCAAGCACUUUAUGAGCAACCUCGCUGGCCGACAAAUCUCCUCGAGCAAAGGGAUUCACAAAGACGUGACGAUGGAUUGGAUCAACCAGCGCUUCACUGUGGUGGACGCCACAACAGGAUUGAUUGCGCUGCACAGCCAGAGGUUCAACUGCUACCUGAGGAUGACCAGUUCCUCCGCGAUUUCUUGCAGUGCGAACAUGGCAGCGACCAGCACUCCGCCUACCGAGAGCAGAUUCAAGGCGGUACCUGCAAAGGAUGGGCUCUUCGGCUUGUACUCGCCAACACGCGGUCGCUACCUCUCCUUCACAAACUCGGAUAAGCGCUUCAAUGCCUGGAAGGCAUCAGCAAGCGCGGUACCGGCGGACCAAUCCAGCGUGUCCAUGACUUUCCAGCUCCUCCAGGUACCGCAGCACUUGGAGCUGGGCUCGUUGGUGGGUUUUUGGCGCAACAAGAAUCUCCUGCGCAUGACUCAAGACAACAUGGACUCGCACGGGCCGCUGGCUGAGGGUCGCAUCUUGAACGAGUGGACCUGGGAGCAGUUCGAGGUGGUGGAUGCCGGGGACGGCCAGGUGGCCCUCUUCUGCCCUGCUCAUAAUCGUUUUGUGAAGAUGACCUCAGGGGGGACCGUCCAGCGUGGCACCGAGAAGAGCCAAAGUUCCGCCGUGACUUCCGAAGAGCGCUUUGCCGUCAUGCCUAAAGCGGCGAACACGAUCGCGCUCCACAACAGCGCCGCCAACCGCUUCCUGAUCAUCAACGGCCCCUCGCAGGCGCCGACGGGCCUAAGCGGCAGCAUCCAGGAUGCAGCUGCUGGUUCUGUGAGCAGCAGCAUCUGGAUGAAGGUUGUGCCCAUCCGUGACAGCAAGAUCACAUCCACCAUGCCAGGAUGCUGCAACUGCGAUCACACCAUGGAUCGUUGCCGCGGCAUGCAGGUCUGGAUGAAGUCAGAACCUGCAGGUUGGAUCCAUCGUUAUUGGCAUCGGAAUUGGCAGGUGACCGCUGAUGCAAGAGGUACAUCAGAAGUUCGCUGGGAUUGCUCGCGACGACGAGUUGGUCACGAGCGUACCGGGUUCAACAUGCCUGCCACACACGUAGACUCCUACUACGACGAGGGCGAGCUGAACUUUCAUCCCAAGUAUUGCGCCCCACUCUCGUACACCCCACGAGAGUCGCCGAAGGACCGUGGCUGCUGCUCCAUCGCCGACGGCACGGUGGAUCGGUGUCGAAGCAGGCAGUACAUUGAGAUCCAGGUGGGCAGCGAGCGGAAGAGGUGCUACAAGGGCCAGACCUGUGAGUGGGAGUUUCCAGAGCCUCAUCCACAAGGUAAAACUCUUCACUGGUUUUGUGGCGAGACACAGGAAAGCGUCGCAUGGGGCCUUUAUUUCGACACGCUUCAAAUCAAGUUCAAUUGCGACGGCGAGAUUGAGUGGAACCCAUGGUGGUGCGGAGUUGCAACUGGUGGAGAAAUGCCUCCAGAGGCUAGCACUCGGCUGAUCGACGUCUUCAAAGUCAACUCGAACGGCGACCUUGUCGACGGGAAGACGGGAGUUUCGCUGACAGGUUCGCAGGUUGUCACCAAGGCCGUGGGUUUUGCUCGUGACAACAAGGACGUGAUUUGCGAGGGCCUGUCAGCUGCGGCGGUUUACGAUCAGCUCCUGAGGCCGUCGGGCACCUGCUGGCGUGCUGGCAUGACAGGGAGAUCUUCGCUCUUCCCUGGCCACUCCGACUAUGGGUCUAAGACCUCACUCUUCGAAGAGGGCACGAAGUUCACGCGAGAAGAGCGCCCUCAUUCGAGCAAUCUUCUCGCCUUGGCGGACCAUGUUUCAAAGAACGCCAGCCUGCUGCAACUUUCCGGCAACCUUUCCCUCAAGGAGAUGCAGAACUUUCUACCUGGCUUGAUGACGGCCUACUGCGCGGCCACCGGGGGUACAGAUUGUGCUGGCAUCGGCCUGGAGAAGUGUGAGUGUUACUGUGUGCAUCCGGGCAGAUGUACCGAAGUCUUGGCGGAGAAAUACGCGAAGUCCAUUGCUGCUAUCUUCGAGAUGGCCGCGGACAUUGCCCUGGCGGUCAUGACCGGUGGAGGCUACGCGGCGGCCAAAGCAGGAGCCAAGGCGGCAGCCAAGGCCGCCAUGAAGGCUGCCGCGAAGAAGGGAAUGCAGGGCGCCAGCAGAAGGAUCAUCAAGAAGGCGGCGGUCACUGCAGCGAAGGAAGCCGCGAAAAAGGCCGCGAUUGCCUCCUUGAAGACCCAAGGCAGGAAGACGAUGAAGAAGACGGCCAUACAGGCCAUCAAGUCUGGGAUCAAGGAUACCGCCAAGGAGAUGGUAACCGAUGCCCUCCUGGAUGCGCUGGGAUUGGGCAACGUUUGCGAGGACAUCCUCGAAUCCGUCUUGGGAGAGGAAGCAGAGGAUCCGGACUGGGUGAACGACCCCGAGUACAAGUGGGGAAACGAAGAGGGCCCUGCUGGGUACUUGGAGACGGUGGACAUUACCGGCAUCACUGCACUUGUGGGCAUCUUCCAUGAGGCAGACUGCCCGACCCCAGUUCCAGGGAGCCUGGAGGGCUGCCCUCGCUAA